CCCCGCGCCCAACCCCGGCCCCGGCCCCGCCAGCACCGCUACCUCCGCCAGCACCGCCACCAUCAGCACCACCUCCACCACCGCCACCACCACCACCGCCACCGCCGGCGGCGGCAGCAGCCAUUUCAUCUCCACCGAAACCAGACACAAAAACAUGGCAGAAAUGGAGAAAGAAGGGAGACCUCCGGAAAAUAAAAGGAGCAGGAAACCGGCUCACCCAGUGAAAAGGGAGAUCAAUGAGGAAAUGAAGAACUUUGCAGAAAACACUAUGAAUGAACUCCUUGGCUGGUAUGGCUAUGAUAAGGUUGAAUUGAAAGACGGUGAAGAUAUUGAAUUCAGGAGCUAUCCUACAGAUGGAGAGAGCCGGCAGCACAUUUCUGUUCUCAAAGAAAAUUCUUUGCCAAAACCCAAAUUACCUGAGGACAGUGUUAUUUCACCAUACAAUAUAAGCACAGGCUAUUCAGGGCUUGCCACAGGAAAUGGACUCAGUGACUCACCUGCAGGGUCGAAGGAUCAUGGCAAUGUGCCCAUUAUUGUACCUUUAAUUCCGCCACCUUUCAUAAAGCCGCCAGCAGAAGAUGAUGUGUCAAAUGUACAAAUAAUGUGUGCCUGGUGCCAGAAAGUGGGAAUCAAGCGCUAUUCCCUGAGUAUGGGAAGUGAGGUGAAAAGCUUCUGCAGCGAGAAGUGCUUUGCCGCCUGCCGACGAGCCUACUUCAAGAGAAAUAAGGCUAGAGAUGAAGAUGGACAUGCUGAAAAUUUUCCCCAGCAGCACUAUGCUAAGGAAACUCCAAGGCUUGCCUUCAAGAAUAACUGCGAACUACUUGUAUGUGACUGGUGUAAGCACAUAAGACACACGAAAGAAUACCUGGAUUUUGGGGACGGGGAAAGAAGGCUUCAGUUCUGCAGUGCGAAAUGUCUCAAUCAGUACAAAAUGGACAUUUUCUACAAAGAGACACAGGCCAAUCUUCCAGCUGGGCUGUGCAGCACAUUACACCCUCCCAUGGAAAAUAAAACAGAAGGCACCGGGGUGCAGCUGCUCACUCCAGACUCUUGGAAUAUCCCUCUAACAGAUGCUCGCAGGAAGGCCCCCUCCCCGGUGGCUGCAGCUGGCCAAAGCCAGGGCCCUGGCCCAUCGGCGUCCACCACCGUCUCUCCAUCUGACACUGCCAACUGCUCUGUCACUAAAAUCCCUACACCAGUGCCCAAGUCCAUGCCCAUCAGCGAGACGCCAAACAUCCCUCCUGUCUCCGUCCAGCCACCUGCGAGCAUCGGGCCUCCCCUCGGAGUCCCGCCUCGCAGCCCUCCCAUGGUGAUGACCAACCGCGGCCCGGUCCCGCUGCCCAUCUUCAUGGAACAGCAGCUCAUGCAGCAGCUCCGCCCGCCCUUCAUCCGCGGCCCGCCGCACCACGCCUCCAACCCCAACAGCCCCCUGUCCAACCCCAUGCUCCCCGGCAUCGGGCCCCCGCCAGGCGGCCCCAGGAACCUGGGCCCCACCUCCAGCCCCAUGCACCGGCCCCUGCUGUCGCCCCACAUCCACCCCCCGAGCACCCCGACCAUGCCGGGGAACCCCCCGGGUCUGCUGCCCCCACCGCCUCCCGGCGCACCCUUGCCGAGUCUCCCCUUCCCGCCGGUAAGCAUGAUGCCAAAUGGCCCGAUGCCCGUGCCCCAGAUGAUGAAUUUCGGGCUGCCGUCGCUCGCCCCGCUGGUGCCGCCCCCCACCUUGCUCGUGCCAUACCCCGUGAUUGUGCCCCUGCCCGUGCCCAUCCCCAUUCCCAUUCCCGUCCCCCAUGUCAGUGAUUCCAAGCCCCCCAACGGGUUUUCCAGCAACGGGGAGAACUUCAUUCCGAGCGCCCCCGGCGACUCCUCGGCGGCAGGAGGCAAGCCAGGCGGACACUCCCUGUCCCCCCGGGACUCCAAGCAGGGCUCGUCCAAGUCCGCGGACUCGCCGCCCGGCUGCUCGGGCCAGGCCCUGAGCCUGGCUCCCGCGCCCGCGGAGCACGGCCGGAGCGAGGUGGUGGACCUGACGCGGCGCGCCUGCAGCCCCCCGGGCGCGGGCAGCCAGCUCGGCUUCCCCGGCGGCGUGCUGCAGGGCCCGCAGGACGGCGUCAUCGACCUGACUGUGGGCCACCGGGCCCGGCUGCACAACGUGAUCCACCGCGCGCUGCACGCGCACGUCAAGGCGGAGCGCGAACCCGGCGCCGCCGAGCGCAGGACCUGCGGCGGCUGCAGGGACGGCCACUGCAGCCCGCCCGCCGCUGGCGACCCGGGCCCGGGCGCCCCCGCGGGCCCCGAGGCCGCCGCGGCCUGCAAUGUCAUUGUGAACGGCACGCGGGGCGCCGCCGAGGGCGCCAAGGGCGCGGAGCCGCCGCCCGAGCAGCCCCCACCGCCGCCGCCGCCGCCGCCGCCUCCCGCGCCCCCCAAGAAGCUACUGUCGCCGGAGGAACCGGCGGUGAGCGAGCUGGAGUCGGUCAAGGAGAACAACUGUGCUUCCAACUGCCACCUGGACGGGGAGGUGGCCAAAAAGCUGAUGGGGGAGGAGGCCCUGGCGGGGGGCGACAAGUCAGACCCAAACCUUAAUAACCCCGCGGACGAGGACCACGCGUACGCUCUGCGGAUGCUGCCCAAGACGGGCUGCGUGAUCCAGCCUGUGCCAAAACCCGCGGAGAAGGCCGCCAUGGCGCCUUGCAUCAUCUCCUCGCCCAUGCUCAGCGCCGGGCCCGAGGACCUGGAGCCUCCACUCAAAAGGAGGUGCCUCCGAAUUAGAAAUCAGAAUAAGUAAAAGGAACGCGCACUCACAGGGUAACUUGCAUGGAGAGAGGGCACAGAGCAAACCAUAUCUCGCCAUCCAAUGACACCAGCUGGUCCGCUCACCACCCCCUCUGGCUAAAACUCAAGCAAAUAAAGCCGCUUCCUGUCAUUAAGCAUCUCACAGGAAGCAGCUCUCCCUCAGUGGCCUCUAGCCCAGAGAAGCCAGCACGUCUUGGACCCACCAAGCGGGCCCAGCCUUCCUGCCGCCACCAUCUCUGCUUCUCCCCAGAGGAACUUAGGGAUUUUGCCCCUGGUUUGAAGAAAAAAAAAAAAAAAACCAACAACGAAACACCAACAAGCCACAAGGACCAAUGUAGGUAUUCUCCCCGCCCCAUCUUCCAAGGCUCAGAGGGUGAGGCUGGAAGACGAUCCGAAUUUGAAAACAAAAAUCUUUUUUUAAUCUUUUUAAAAACUGCUGUGGUUUUGCUGCUACACGAAGAGUUGUGAUUUGCAUUGUACGGUUUUGGACCUAUACUGUUCACGUUUUGACGGCGGAGAGGGAUCGUACUGGAGUCCCAACGCUUCCAGAUUCAUCUCUGUCCUGUCCAGGAUGCACUUUUAAAUGAAGAGUUAGAAUAUUUUAUUGGCUAAUAUACUUUUCUUGUUAUUUUUACAAAGGCCACCUUUAUCCUUUUUAAUGCCAUAUUUUCAGUGUUACACUUUUAUGGCUUUUAAUUUUCGAUUUGACAGAUGUAAGAAGCAGCAUGAAUAGUUUAUACUGUGGUUUUUCAGAGACUGAAUGCCAAGAGAACUCGGUAAAUGUUUAUUCUUCUCAGCUUUCUCUUUAAAUUCCCCUAAAUAGCGCCCCAUUUGGGAACAGAGCAAGAGUGUUGAACUGAAGACCAAAAUGCCCUGAAGGUGUAAAAUAAUCCGAGGGGGAAUAUUUGCUGGGCGUCACGAAAGACUUGGAUGAAAUUUCAACCCUGAUGGUUUUCGGUGAUCCAGGAAGUCAGUGAAGCAAUCUCUCUAUACGCAGAGCCCUUUCAUGAUAAUUAGAAUGGUAUGGACAAACCAAUGAAAACAGGAGGGAAAGUGAGAAAGCUCACCCAUGAUUCUGUUUCACUGUUUGCUUUCUCCUGUCAUGGUUAAGAGAAAUGUGCAAUUCGAUCCUCAAUCAGUGGGUGGAGGAUAACAGGGUAGAUUUUCUUGUGUGCACUUGUACAGUUGUAGCUGGGAGUCCAGAAGUCCUCUAGAGCAUGUGUACUGGCACUGAGUUGGUGAGACAGUUGUGGAGUAUCCCAUUCUGAUGAGUACAGAAAAAAAAAAAUAAGGAAAAAAAAAAAACAAAAAAAGAAGAAAACAAAAAAAAAAAUCAAAUCACCUUGUGAUUCAGUGUAUCUGUUUACUAACUCCAAUAAAGCAAUUGUUCCCUCUGGAGGGGUCCAGGUGCCCCUGCCCACAGGCUGCCGAGCUGGCAGCAGGAGGGGGCGGGCGAGGCCAGGACGGUGUCACGCUGGCCCUGAAGCACCACGGGGCCGUGGAUGCGGUGUACAUACUGUAUUUCUAUAUCCUCCUUUGUACAGAGUCACUUAACAAGUCAAGCUACUGUCUUACAGGUGCUCCUUAUUUAUUAGAGCUGUGAGAGG